AGGCAGAGCUGGGAAUUGCAAACCAGGAAGGCAGAAUUCGCCCCAGGUCCUGCCGCAAUCCUGGCUCUAUAUAAACGGCCCGAGCACCGCCGGCCCCGGCUGUCACCGAGGGUGCCGCCGCCGAGGAUGUGGCUGUGCGUGGCGCUGGUGCUGGCGGGGCUGUUCCUGCUGCGGCGCUGGCACCGGGAGCGGCAGACGGUGCCGGGGCUCUGGGAGAAGCACGUGCUGAUCACGGGCUGCGACAGCGGCUUCGGGAACUUGCUGGCGCGGCAGCUGGACGGGCGCGGGCUGCGGGUCCUGGCCGCCUGCCUGAGCGAGGCCGGGGCGGCGCGGCUGCGGGCGGCCGCCUCCCCGCGGCUCCAGACCGUGCUGCUGGACGUCACCUCCAGCCAGAGCAUCGCUGCUGCCACAGCCUGGGUGCGGGAGCGCGUGGGUGACCGAGGGCUCUGGGGGCUGGUGAACAACGCAGGGAUCGCCAUCCCCACCGCCCCGAACGAGUGGCUGACCAAGGAUGACUUCACGAAGGUGCUGGAUGUCAACCUGGUGGGGCUGGUGGAGGUGACGCUGAGCCUCCUGCCGCUGCUGCGGCGGGCGCGGGGCCGCGUGGUCAACGUGGCCAGCGUGAUGGGCCGCGUCUCCUUCUUCGGCGGCGGGUACUGCAUCUCCAAGUUCGGCGUGGAGGCCUUCUCUGACAGCCUCAGGCUCGAGAUGCGCAGCUUCGGGGUGAAGGUCAGCGUGAUCGAGCCGGGCUACUUCAAAACCAUGAUCACCAACGUCGAGAACCUGGAGAGGAACUUUCUCUCCACCUGGGAGAAGCUUCCAGAAGAAAUCAAAACGAGUUACGGGGAGAGUUACUUGAAGCAGUUUGUGGCAUCGCUGAAGCUGAUCGAGAAGAGCUGCAACUCUGACCUGUCUCGGGUCACCAACUGCAUGGAGCACGCGCUGACCAGCCUCCACCCCCGUGCCCGAUACUCCGCCGGCUGGGACGCCAAGCUGCUCUACAUCCCCCUCAGCUACCUGCCCUCGGCCCUCACCGACGCCGUGUUCGCCCUGUUCUACCCCAAAACCAUGGGGAAAGCCUAAGGCAGGGGGGGUGCCAGGCUGAGGCACUGCCCUGCCUAAG